AUGGUACUAUUUAUUUCUUAUAUAAUUAGUAUUUCUAUAUGGUUGUUACUUUUUGAAAAGACAUAUGGUUCUUUUUUAAUGGGGAACAAUGCUGCUAUGGGAGGGGCAGCAAAACCUGCAGGGAAAAGCACGACCAGCAGUAUUUUAGGAAACACUAACAGUAUGGACACAUUGUUGAUGACCGCGAAAAUACUAUCCACGGCUGAGACCAUUCAAAAGUCAAUUCAAAAUGAAAACAGAGAUCAGAGAGUAAGGAUGAGCGGGGCAGAAGUUGGGCCAGACAAUUACACCACUUUGAGAGGACAGAAUUCUACAAGUGAUAAUUUAACUGCGCCAGGGAUUCAAUAUUGCGACAUUGAUAAACAUGGUCUUUGUUGCUUAAUGCCUAAUUACUGUUCUAAGGAGGCAACCUGUAAGUCUGAUAUUGUGGGCCAACAAACUUAUAUUGACUAUCUAAAUGCAUUACCAAGAUGUCAGUGCCUGCCAGGAUACAUAGGAGAUGGAAGAACUAAAGGUACUGGCUGUCAAAAUGUGAAUGAAUGUUUAACAGGAGAAGCCAAAUGCGAACAGUUAUGUACAGAUUACUCUCCUGGGUAUGCUUGUAGCUGCAACAUGGGAUAUAGGCUUAAUACUAAAGACAUGAAGUCUUGCAUAGACAUAGAUGAAUGUAAGGAAGGAAUUCAUAAUUGUAGUCAUAUUUGUGUUAAUACGCGAGGAAGUUUUGUUUGCGAGUGCCCUACAGGGUAUAUCUUGGGAGAAAACCAUCUGGACUGUAAAGAUAUUGACGAAUGUCAAGAGAAUUCAGGGCUUGGGCCAUGCGAGUUUGGAUGUAAGAAUCUUCCGGGAGGGUUUGAAUGUCAAUGCCCUGCUGGUUAUAGGCUUGAUAAACAAACUCAAAAGUGCAUUGAUAUUGAUGAAUGCAAAGAAAACAAGAAUUUGUGUAAGGGGUUUGGUGAGGUUUGCUUGAACACAGAAGGCGGAUUUGAAUGUAAAUGUGGAAGUGGAUAUCAAUAUUAUGAGAAUGAGAAAGCUUGCAAAGAUAUUGACGAGUGCCUACUCAAUACCCAUGAUUGCAAAAAUGAUUCAAUUUGUGUGAACCAGGAUGGUGGUUUUUCUUGCAAAUGCUUGGAGAAGGGAUUUGAGUUUAAUAAAGAAAAAAGAAUUUGUGAGGAUAUUGACGAGUGCUCUAAUGGUGAUUCUAAGUGCGACCAGCUGUGUUUCAAUACCAUAGGAAGUUAUAGAUGUGGAUGUUAUAAGGGAUUUAGGCUGAAUUUAACCGGCCCAGAAGAAAACACAGUGGAAACACAAUCUAGAGUUUGCGUGGACAUAGAUGAAUGCUUAGAAUUCCCAGAGUUAACUGGAUGUUCUCAUGGAUGCAUAAACAAAAGGGGAGGUUUUCAAUGUACCUGUCCAAAAGGGUUCCAGCUAGGAGAAGACGGGAAAAAAUGCAAAGAUAUAGAUGAAUGUAGGAUGCCCGAAAAUCCAUGCGAAAACAAUAAGCAGUUUCCUUGCUGUUUAAACACUAAUGGAGGGUUCAAAUGUGUAGAAAAAGUAGUAACUGGAGAUCUAUUUAAGAAGCAUGAAUGCCCUAGGGAUUAUGGAAGCAACAUUCAAAGAGAGGGGUCUAGAACUGGAGAGGGGAAUAACAACGGAAUAUUUAAGUGGUUGAGAACAAAUACAGAUACAGGGAAAAGAUUGAAAGUAAUAUAA